GUUUGUUGCGUUAACUUCAUAUCGUUUCUUGUGAUUUUUUUUCUCAUUUGUGGUGAAAUUCGAUUAAAUUGAAAAUAUAUGUUUGAUUGAAGUACAGUGCAUGCGUUAAAUAUUGUUGGUUUCAUUUGUUGUGUAGGACAGUCAGUGAUUGUUUCAAUUAGUGUUUGAAUGUUUAGUUACAUUUACCUAGCACAACACAUGGAUAAAAAGUAAGACAUUUCUUCAAUUCUACUAAGCUUGUCUCAUUGACAAGUGACUGAAUGGGACCGUUAAACUGGUGUGAUCAUGUGAUCGCUAGCUGUUUAGCUUUGUAAAAGAUUAACGAGAAUAUAGGCACGUCACGUGAUUUCAAAUUCAUUGAAGUGCCCGUUAUAUGGUGCGCAGUCGAGGUCCCGUGAGAUGCGCGUUCCCUGCUCCCGCUCAACAUGGCCGACGAAGGAGAUUUCCAGCCAGAGAUUAAGUUUCGAUGGUGUCGGACCAUACGCUGCCGGGCCCAAGUUGUCCACCUGGUGUUAACCUCCAUAACAGGAACGCAGGUCAAGCUCAACUGGAAAGCUGACCUCGGAUGGUAUGAGUCUGACCCGACGCCCAUACCCUGUGGCUUCCAUACGGGAUUCAUUCUCGUUCGAGAAAGGGUGCGGGAUUUUGUCAAGAACACAUCAGAAACUAGAGAGUCGGAUUACAAAGUGGACCCCUUCCAUGUUGUCCCACACAAGUUUGCAGUUGAACUGUUUUUGGAGUCAGAUGAGGCUACUUCAUUUUGGAGUGAAGUACCCGAGCUACGCUUGCGCUACCUCAGCUCAGACCAUUUAGAAAAAUUAGGGACUGGCUCUUUUGAGGAGCUCAGCACCACGAAUGAGCACGGCAAGGGCUUCCCAAACCGCAAGUGGGGCUCUUCGACUUGCCUUCAUACGCAAGCAGAUCGCCUGUGGAGAGAGACGUCUUCUCUAGGAUACCCAAGGACUUACCAGGAGCACAAGGACACAUAUGUUAAGGGGAAGUCACAUGGGCAGCUCUCAGAAUUAACAAUUGGUGAAUUAUAUAAACAAAGCAAGGGUUCAUCAUCCUCCCCAAAUCUCUCCAGAGCAUUUCAGGUGGCAGUUGAUUUGUCAAGAGCAAGUUCAAAAUACCUCGUUGGUGUUUCUUCAACAAGCAGCGGCGUAUUUUUGGGUUUUGAGGAUGGGAGUGGUCCUCCAUCACCAGAAAACGGGAACUGCACUCAUACUGACAGUGCAUAUGCUGCUGAGGGGGAGACAUCUCAGGAAUCAGAACCUGGAGAGGGUGCCAGGAGGCGUAAGAAACUCCAGCACUUGUCAAGGGGAAAGUCUCUUCAAAUUGAUGACCUUGUUGGAGAUGAAAGCUGGAGGCCAAAGAGAAGGAGAGGCAGGCUUGGUUUAAGUAGUGCCCCAAGUUCAUCCUUCGAAGACCUCUUGGGUUCAGUAUCUGCUGAUAGACGUGCAGCUAUUAAAACAGAGAUAAAUCUUAUGAGAUUUGAAACCAUAAAGAGAGAAAAGCUGGUUAAAGAAAUAUUACAGGGGUCAGAUUCUGAUUUUGAAGACGAAGAAGCACCAUGUGAGGCAAGCAACCCAGAUCUACAAGGACCCUAUCAGUGCGUUAUUACAUUUGAAAGUCGUAGCGCCAGUAUGGAUGACGUUGGGUCACCAAGAGCUCUUGAAGAUGUUCUUGUAUCUCUCACCUCAAAUGACAGUCAGCCUGAAGCUUCACAACCCCAACCACUUCCUCGAACCGUUUUACAGCCUGAUUUACUCUCUGAUGAAUCUGCAUUUAUAACCUCAGAACACGAAGAUAAGAUACCCACACCAAAGCCAAGGACCCUAACGCCAGUUAAUGUAGAGGACAAGAAGAAUGAGACAUUUUGUGUCACUGAAGGUGAAAAGACCACAGGAGAUGACAGUGGUGAAAAGUUGGAAAAACCAGAGCCAUCAGAUGAGCAAGCAAUAAAAGAUGAGUAUGAUACUGAGGAACAAGACGAUCCUUUUGAUAUCUUUUUUGGAAGCUCAGGUGCAGAUAGUAGUGGGUAUGAAGAGCAAAGGAGGGAAGAUGCUUGUGGUGUUCAAGAAAAAGAGAAGUUGCAAUCACAUGAUCAGAUACUUAGUUUAGAUGAAGAAGCAGCAUCAGUUGAUCAGAAAGAAGGUGAGGCUCUUGGUCAGGAAAAGGAAGAUAAAUCUGUUGAGCAGGAGAAGGAAGAUAAAUCUGUUGAGCAGGAAAAGGAAAUAGAACCUUCAAAGGGUGAGGAGGAGGAGGAGGAGGAAGAGGAAUUCAUUGAUCAAGAAGAAGAGGAAUGUGCUGUUGAAGAGUCUGUUGGCAGAUCUGUCGAUCAGGAUGAAGAGAUAUAUGGUACUGGAGACUUACUUGAAGUAAGUGACCCAUUAGUAAGAAUUUCAGAUACUGAGGAUGAUAACUUUCAGUACGAUUCCUUGAAACAUGAUGGUAAUGAAAAUCUUCCUAUAGACUUAAGAAAUAUUGACAGUGAGGAAUCUCUUGACAUUCCUGUUCCUAGACCAGGAGGAGGGGGAGUUUUAAAAAUUGAAGAUAAAGGAGAGGAAAGGACUGACAGCAGAACAGAUGAUGAUGAAGAAAGUGAAGGGGGAGGUACUGAUGAGGUUGGAGGAGGUGUGUAUGAAGUUGAAGGUGCAGAGGCUGCUUAUUCAUCAGUAGAUGGAGAGGUCCCAACUGACUCUGUCACUCUUGUGCCCCUGGACAGUUACAAAGGCACAGUUAGGGAAGUAAAGAGUAUUGAGAUGAUUCAAGAAAUGGGUCCUACUCAUAAAGAGAUCCAAGAGACUUUUGAAAUUGUUAGAGAAAAACCAAUUGUCGAAAUAUUAAAAGUUCAUGUCACUGAUGUAGAUGAUGACACUGUACAAGAGGUUGAAUACGUGGACAAUGAAGAAACAGACAGAAGUGAAACUGAAGCUGUUUUAUAUGUGACAGAUGUUUCAAGGAAACGUUCAGUGGAAAGUGAUAGUGAGAAACUUAUAAUUGAAGACGAUGGCGUGGAAACUAGGACAAGGGAACAAAGAGCUCUCACUGGUAGGACUGAUGAUCAGUUAAAGGAUCUGUAUAGUGGUGAGAAAUCCAAAGAACACAGUAAAAGUAAUAAUGACUAUGAUGAACCUUGUAAGAUGGAUAAGGAACAUCCAGAACCUAGUGAUACUGGUGAAAGUUUGAACAGGUUUAGCAAAAAUGGUUACCAUGUUAGCGAUUUUACAAGGCAUGAUAACUUCAGAGACAAAAUUCACUUUGAUGAUGAUUAUAGAGACCCAAGAUUAAGUGAUACUGAGAGUAGGAAACCCAGAAUAGUAGUUGGAAAUGAUAACAGGGGUUUGAGGAGGAUGUUUUCAGAUUCUGAUGCCAAAAAGAUAGAAUUUCAAACAACUGGGAUCAAUACUAUAGUUAGGGAUGAUCAGAAUUCUGAAAAUCACAGGCCUUUUAUCAGACCAUUAAAGCUUUCAGAUACAGGAACACAGACAUCUCUAAUCAGACAGAUAUCACGGACAACGUCAAUAGAUUUGCAGAAACUGAGUGACACUGAUUCAUCCAGUGAACAAUAUUCUACAAAGUACAGUAGAACUCCCCUCCGAAAUAGAACAAAUGGGCAAGCGGAGUCAUUUACACCUCUACCAGAUAGACUCAGUGGACCCUGGUCUCAGAGACAUUCUGCAUCAACUUCAAAUGCAAGGUCUUCAGCUUCAACUAGCCCAUAUUCAAAACCAGAUCUUACACUCCUUCAGAGAAACCUGUAUAACCUUGUCCAGGGUAGUGAAACAACACAGGUACUUCAGAAUUCCGCCCACUUACAGAGGCUCCGUGGUCAACAAAAUGCGCACAUUCCUAGAUAUCAGGGGGCACCAACCAAUGUUGAGCGUCGUCGCACAACCAGCCGUCCAUCUACCCCUGAUCUCCCUCUUUCAGAGCAUUCCUCUCCAAAACGUCAAUAUCACUAUCACCAGUCUUCUGACCACAACCAUUAUCAUCAAGCACGUAGCCACUAUUCUCCUGUACACCAUAAGCCACAGUCUGCACAUUAUUCUCCUUCUUAUCAGUACAAGUAUCCUUUACUGUCAUCGUCUGUGAUAACUCCAUCUUCGCCUUCCAGAACUACUUAUGUUUCCAGCUUCACCUCAGGACGGAUCAAUGGACUCUACAGUGGUAGUGUUACCGACCUGACAAGGACGCCUCAGAAGACCAAGUAUGACUACAUUACCUCAACCCCUAAAAGUGGCGCUAGUGGAGUUCGGCCUGCCUCCAGCCUUCCAGACCUGCGCCAGCCUACUACUACUUCGUCCUCCUUGCCUCGUCAGCCGAGCAGGGUAUCGCCCACUUACGAGUACUUGCCCCAAGGCCCAAGACACGCCCAGUCAGCCUCUGAUAUCAUGGUGGGCGGCUACGGCAGCAAAGGAAAGCGAGUGAGUUGGCGGGAAUGGCGAAUCGCCGACGAGAGCGACAGCGGAGAUUCGACGGAUUCGCUCAUCGACGAGGCUGAACGACUCGCUACCACCAGGAUUGACAUAGAAUCAGAAUGGGAUGAUAGAUACAGGAGAAGAUACCGGAGCAGAAGACGGACUCGGUCCCACCAGGAAUUCAGUACUUGGAGGGACGAUAGUGAGGCUGCUAGACGCUAUCCAAGCAACCGUCCAUACUUGCCCUACCGAGGUGACCAGCUGUCACCAGGUCAGCAAGUGAAGGUACUGGCUCCUGGUGGAGGAGUGGCAGUGGCUAGAGUGUUGACAAACCAAAGGUCAGCUCUUCUGGGUAAUAAAAGUCACUUUUACCCUUCACAUGGGGUCAUCUCCCCUGCAUCUGUUACUGUCAUCCUCUUGACUGAGCCCAACAGGCUUCAAGGAACUGUGGUAACAAUUCCAUUAGAGAAAGUCUUGUUGGCUUGGCCCAGGGUGUAAAGUUGCCCAUAAUGGACUUUUAAAACAUCUCACAUUUCUUCAGCAUCUUACAUCUUUUGCAUUGAUUGAUGGUGUACAGUACAGGAAAGACAAAAAAGAAGAGGAAUCAUCCCAUCAUAAAGAACAUCUAGUCAACAUGUUCAUCGCAUCUUCAGAUAAGAUAUUCAAGUAGUUUUUGAUGUAUGAUAAAAACUGGGCUUUGAAUAAAUUCUCUGAUGCAGAAUAUUACCAUAACUUCACGUGGCCAACGAUUUAUUUUUAGACAGUUUUACACUUACUUCUAGAAGUACAGAAGGUGAUUUUCUUAACUAGCUGAGGUGAUCAUAAUGAUACCUGGUAUCAGAAAAAUGGAGGCUCGAUUAUUUGAUGGUAAAUUUUUUUUUCUUUUUUUCUUCUUUUAAGAGUUCAUAAUAAACUCUAAUGCCAUAAAACAUAUGUACAGAACAUCUAGCAUAUUCUGAAUUUGUAUUUUGCCAGAUUGCAUGUUUCAAAUGUGACAUGACUUUUAGAGUAAAAUGUUUGUGAGGCUGAUGUAUGAUAACUUCCGUCCAUAAGUGAAAAUAAGUUACGUAUUUUCGUAUCAUAGUCAAGUUUCAUACAUUAAGAUCUAUAAAAUGAAAACAUGGUCUUGUUCAAGUGUGCUAAGACCUAAUACAUGUGUAAAUGCUGAUGCAUAAUCCAUAACUUUUUAUGUAGAAUGUCUUUUAUGCUGUAAGGCUUAAUUAAAGUGAACUUGUAUAAUAAGUGUUUGUGUAAUCUAAGUGGAAUACUGAUGACACAUUAUGUUUAUAUGAAGUUCUUUUGUUUAUUCAGAGUUGAUUGUUAUUUUUGCAUUUAUUGAAUUGUUCUUUGUCACUGUUUACUGCUGCACAACUUAAUGAAAAGGUGUUAUUAAACUUCACAAUCCAUGUUGUAGCAUGGUGAUCACGUUUUAUAUUUUGUAUAUUUUCUUUAAAAGAUAGAUUUAAGCUUGAGGACUGUAAAUUCAACCAAAAUCAGAAAUCUAAGAAAAAUCCUUGAAGUAUCUGGCACCAUGAGGUGUUUUUGGUGUUAGAAUUUGUCCUUUUUAGUGAGCUGGCUUCAAAACACAUGAAAAAGAGCGCUCAUCAUCAUAAAAUAAUUACGUACAUACUUUUAAUUUUCACUUUUUACCUUCUAUAAUAGCAUUCCCCCAUACAAAUUACAGUGUUAAUGACUUUGUAUAUGAUAAGUAACUUUUUCAGUCUGUGCUGUUUAUUAAGGCCAUUUGUUUUGGUAAUAUCUUCAUGAGUUCACAGAUGAAUUUUUUAAUAUCAGAAGCCUGAAGAAAAUCACUCUUAACUCUAAACAUCAUAGCCAAAAUAUUUUCAAGGUGCUGUAUGGAUAUCAAGUUAGAACUCAUGACUUCUUGUGUUAAAUGUACUACUUGUUUAUGAUACUAUUGUCUACUGGAAGAAUUUAUAUGUCUAUGUGCAGCCUAUAUAAGAGAUAAAAAACGAUACAGAUAAAACAUUCCUCAGAGUAGUACUUAGCUCAUAAAUCUAAAGGCAAGAUGGGUUUAAGUCAUAAAUUCCUUGUUGAAACAUCAUGCCAUAGUCAAUAUCAAAUAAGAAAAUGUAUAUUAAACUUGCUGUGUUACUGUUGCUUGUUGCUGUGUUCAAGUAUUUCAAGGAAGUUGCAACAUAAUAAGGAAAAUUUUGUGUUUAGAACAGUCCAGUCUGAUUAAGAUUGCUUUAAACCUAUCAUACUUAUCAUGUACUUCACCUUAUACUAUUUCAUUUUGAUCUGAUUGUAUGUGUUGCCAAUGAAAAUCAAAAUAAUGUACAUCAGACAAUGGUGA